AUGUCGGAUUCAGAGCCUGAGGACCGAGAACUCCAAGAACUGCUGGAAUGGCUCGCUCCCCUCACGUAUCAUGGUCAACAAGCCGGGUUCGCACAGAAGCGCCAUCCCGGGUCGCUUCAGUGGUUUCUAAACUCAGAGCCAUACCAGAAAUGGGUCCAUGCAAAGCCCCAUCCUCCGAAUCCAGAAGAGCAAGCACAGGAUCUCCGAACCCUCUUCUGUCCCGGACCAGCGGGUGCAGGAAAGACAAUCCUUGCCUCCACGGUGGUCGAGGACCUCAGCUGUCGCUUUGCGCCCGGCUCCUCUGCCUCGAAGAUAGGCAUCGCGUACAUCUAUUGCGUCUUUCAUCUUUACGAAGAACAAUCUCCCGAGAAUCUUCUCCUCCUCCUUCUCCACCAGUUGAGCCCACCACGACUCUUGCCUCUACGUCAGACAUGCCACGAGGUUUUUGCCCGCCCGGACGGCGGACCGCCGUCGCUGGCUAAUAUCGCUGCGACGCUCGAGCGAGCCGUCAGAACGUACGAUCGCGUAUUCUUUGUUGUGGACGCACUGGACGAGUGUGCGGUAGACCAUCGGACCCGAUUGCUCGAGGAGAUAUUUAAGCUGCAGGCCAACAACCCGAUUCACCUUCUAGCGACGUCCGAUUUGGAUCCAGAAAUCGCAUCGAGGUUUGUCAACACAGCUUCGUUGGAGAUCCGGGCCGAUCAAGACGACCUGCGAUCGUUUCUGGAGCGGUGUAUCAUGGACCAGCUUCCAGCGUUUCUGGGGGAUAUGCCCGACCUCCGGCAGGAGAUCACUGAGACCAUUGCCAGGGUAGCUGAUGGGAGGUUUCUCCUCGCAAUGCUCCACAUCCACUCCCUGGCUGGAAAGCCGUCACCGGAAGCGAUCCGAGCCGCUCUCUCUGGCGUGGUUGCUACCCUCGACACCACUAGUAUAGAUGAAUACAACGCGGCCUACGACGCCGUGAUGGAGCGGAUUGAGAGGCAGAGCCUAGACCAGAGCGACCUGGCCAAAAGAGCUCUCUCGUAUGUACUAUGUGCAACAAGACCCUUGACUGUUACUGAACUGCGUCAUGCGCUUGCCGUGGAGGCGAGCGACACCGAACUCGAGCGGGCGAGCAUGCCGCAAAUCGACGCCAUCAUUGCGGUCUGCACAGGGUUAAUCGUUGUCAUUGGCCGUGAGCCAUGGGGUUCAGAUCGUAGUAAUUCAGAGGCGGAAGAAGAAGAAGAAGAAGAAGAAGAAGAAGAAGAAGAAGAAGAAGAAGAAGAAGAAGAGGAGGAGGAGGAGGAGGAGGAGGAGGAGGAGGAGGAGGAGGAGGAAGAGGAAGAGGAGGAACUGGACGAAGAAGUAGACGAGACCGCAAAAGUGCAGCUAGUCCACCGCACCACCUACGACUACCUCCAACGGACAUGUGAACGAUGGCUUCCGGCAAGAGAGAAGCAAAUCGCAACGGCUUGCAUGGCCUAUCUGUCUCUGCGCUACUUCCGUAGCGGCUCGUGUCGUUCUGACGAUGAUGUAAGGAGACGGCUUCAAACCUAUCCGCUCUACUGCUAUGCGGCGCUGGGAUGGGGGUACCAUGCGCGAGUGGCUUUCUCGAAGUUCCCAGACAUGGUGAAUAUGGAUUUCGGGUUAUUAUCUUCCAAACCACACAUCGAAUCUGCCUUCCAGGUCUUCUUCAUGGCCAAGCACAAAGUCCCUUGGUCAGAGUUUCCACAUUUUAUGGCCGGGAUUCAUCUGGCAGCGCACUUCGGGAUCACCAACCUCGUCUACGCACUCAUUCCCUCAGAUAGUCGACGUGGAAGGGCGGACUUUUCGAUCAACGCUAGGGAUGGUCAUGGCUGCACUGCACUCGCCUGGGCAGCGCACGAAGGACACGACGAAGCGGUACAGGCCCUCGUUAAUGCUGCAAACGUCGAUCUCGACGCUCGGGACGGCGAAGGUCAGACUCCAGUAUUGCGGGCCACCCAACGCUGCCACAUCACCAUCAUCGAGAGACUGUUGAGUGGCGGCGCUAACCCAAACCUCAAGGAUUUCUCCAGGACAUCACCCUUAUCGUACGCGGCGAAGGAGGGGCAUACCGCCAUAGCAGACUUGCUCGUGAGACACGGCGCCGAUGUAAAUGCAGCUACGACCGAGUCUUCGAUUGGUCUGCAUACGCCCUUGUCGCUCGCGGUGAUGCAUGGUCAUGACGAGAUUGCUCGCCUGCUUCUGGCCCAGCUAGGUAUUCAAGCAAGCGCCAAGGUCAAACCAAGGAGCAUGGGUGAUAGAGAGUACACCUCGCUGGAGUUCGCUGUGAAAGGCAACCUCCACAGGGUGGUAGAGUUGUUUCUGUCCCACGCCGACGUCUCCGGCGAGCAUGAAGUGCUGCUACACGCGGCAGCGGAGGAAGGCGACGAGCGUGUGGUCCAGUGGCUGCUUGAGAUGGACGUCGAUGUGAAUACCCAAUCCGAGCACGGCGAUACUCCGCUACACGGCGCUGUGAGGAUGCAACACGAUGGCGUGGCGGUACUCUUGCUUUCCCCAGCCGGAGUGCUGCCUAACUUAUCGAACGAUGACGGGGACACAGCGGCGUUGUUGGCGGCACGCUGGGGCCGCGUCCAGGUUCUCCAGCUGAUGCUAGCAAAGGGCGCCGACGGGGGAGCCAGGAACAAAAAGGGCCGCACACCCCUGGCCGAUGCAGCGGAGAAAGGCUACCUGUCAGUCGUAGAACUCCUCCUUGCUACCGAUGGCGUUGCUGCCGACCCGCAGGACCACGAAGGCCGUACGCCACUCUCGCUCGCCGUUUCACCAGCGACACGGAUGCGAUUUGACGACGCUAGGGGCCGUCGAGCCGUCGUUCGGUGCCUGCUCGACUCUGACCGCGUUGAUAUUAAUUCCCGCGAUACACAGGGCCGGACGCCUUUGGCUUUCGCGGCUGGUAUGUAUAACGCCAUGCCAAUGGUCGGACUGCUGCUGGGGUACGAGGAGUUGGAUGUCAACACCAUGGAUGAGCAAGGGCGGACACCUCUAGCCUCGGCGGUACGAUGGUCUCUGGAUGGCACUGCGAGGCUCCUGCUCAAAAGAGGGGCGGAUCCCACUCUGGGUGGGUACGAUGAGGGAGAGUCACUUCUUUCCUGUGCUGUCAAGAACAGUGCCUCGGACAUCGUGAGAACCAUUCUUUCCUCUGGCGGUGCGGACCCUGGCCAGAGAGAUCGCGACGGACACACACCGCUAUGCCACGCAGCAGCGAGAGGUGACGUGGAAAUCUUGGACAAGUUACUGACGGUGGGAGGGUUGGACGCCAAUGCCCAUUGCGAGCACGGCCAAACCCCCCUGCACCAUGCGGCCCGCUCGUCCAAGGAUACGGAUCAAGUUGUUGCUUUCCUGCUCGCACAGACUAAUAUUGCUGUCGAUACCCAAGAUGAGGAAGGGCGAACACCACUCCACCACGCUGUCCUGCAUGGGGACGAGGCGGUCGUUUCGUCGCUGCCCGGGGCGGAAAACGUGUGCCUCAACUGCAAAGACCGGGAAGGGCGCACGCCGCUCUCGCUUGCUGUUAGCUCUGGGCGUUUAUCUAUCGUGGAGAAGUUGUUGUCGCUCGAUGGAGUGAUCGCGGACGCUAAGGAUAAUACAGGGCGCACGCCACUAUCGUGGGCGGUUGGACAAAGAUUAUGGCCCUCUCACGAGGUGGUGAAGAGGCUGAUCCAGAGGGAUGACGUGAACCCUAACGCCGAGGAUGACAAGGGCUGGACGCCGCUAUUGUGGGCCGUACAAGGCGAGGGCGGGUCGAGUUUAAUUGAGGUCAUCCUAAAGGAGGGGGCAGGCCGUGUCGAUAUCGAUCAUGGAGAUCGAGAGGGCAAUACACCGCUUUCAUUGGCCCUGAAGGAUCAGAAUGAGGUGGUUGCUCGUCAGCUACGGGCGGCCGGUGCGAGGUUGAAGUCAGGUGCAGAAAGUAUCGGAGAGAGUGUCCAGAGAGGCUCUCAUGUCCUGACGCAAGGCGUCUCCAUCGACGGAGAAGAUGAAGAGCAGCGGCAGAGAACGGACACAGCAAAUGCGAAAGGCGACCGACACGCAUUUGAAGAUACUUCUGACGAGGGCAAUCACCAGGGGAGUACGAAGUUUGGGCCUUCCUAUGAGAGCUCGCCGGAUCGUUAUCGGCGGAGGAGGAGACGUUGGAUGAAGAUGAAUUGGUUUGAUGACGAUUCCGGCAGUGGCGGGGACAGCGACAGCAACUGGAGCGGCACAGACCCCGAGAUAUAUGACAGAUUGUCUGAUGAUGAAGCCGGGGCCCGAUGCAGUAGGAGAACAAGACCUCCGACACCGAGAGAAGUCCAUAUCGAGUUGGGGGUUCAAGCAGAGGAGCAUCACGUUGGAGAUGAAGGGCCACUUUGCCAUCAAUGCAAAACCAUCGACCUCAAUGCGCUAUUCUCACAGCAGCCACAGGGUGGCUUCACUGUUAUAGCCGACCUAGGCGAGAUCGACGAAAGCUGGAAAUCGAGGCGCUGCGCCAUGUGUCGGCUGAUAGCAGCAGUUUGCCCUUCUCUUAUGGGCUAUAGACCUGCGAAAUACGAGCUGUGCGCUUACUCGAGCAGUGCUACAUGGCUGUCGGGGGCUAAUGUGGUGGCCCAGCGCCACUUCCAGUCUGACUGGGUCGACACAAUUGUCCUCGGCUUAGAGAGUGGACACUGGACCGCCUAUUCCGCCCUCAAGAGAGCCUGGAGAGCGAAGGGUUCCCAAAUGGGCAUCGAUCCGUCGGAAAUCCUGCCCUUUGGCUUCAUUGGCCGUGUUGGGUCAAACGACCCCAACCAGUUGCGUUCCCUCACUUUACACGGUUUAAAGAGACGCCGAAUUGACUUCAGCAAAGCUCGUAGCUGGAUCGCCUGCUGCGUGGAACACCACGGCAAACGGUGUAACGCAAACACGCACCGGCGGAUCCCUCACGCUCGCUUCAUCGAUUGCAAGACGAGGACUGUCGUUGACCAGGGGGGCGACUCGGAGGCCCACAGAUUUGUCGCUUUAAGCUACGUCUGGGGUCCCUCGCCCAAGACGAAAGGCCUAGUGGACCAUCACUGCGUUGAGAAUGCCGAGCGUGUCGUCGAGGAUGCCAUCCACGUCACCCUGGAGCUCGGGUAUAGGUACCUUUGGGUCGACCGACACUGCAUCACCAAUGAGGACCAAGAGAUGCGCAAAGAGCAGCUCCUGCAUAUGAACGGCGUAUAUGAAAGCGCAGAGGUCACCAUUGUUGCUGCUGCGGGUCGGAACUCAAGCUUCGGGCUGCCAGGGGUGAGUCGUGCUCAGCUCGGUCGUCCGUACGGUCGAGUCCAGGGCCACGCGCUGACCGCCGUCCCCUGCGAGCCGCGUGAGCAGGUCGAGGAAUCGGUGUGGUGGACACGUGGGUGGACGUUCCAGGAAGGCAUGCUCUCGCGACGGCGGUUGAUCUUUACCGAGCACGAGCUCUCGUACGAGUGUAAGGGCAUGGUCGCCCGCGAGGCCGUCGAGCUGCCUAUCGACGUCCACAGGCUCGCAGCCACGCGUUAUCCGAUGCACGAGCACAUGCGAGUUUUCCCCCGCAGGAGACAUGAUGCAAGGACGGGUGGUGACGGCGAAUAUAUCUGGUCCUGCAUCGGGGAGUACACCCGACGCCGCCUUACGCUCGACGCCGAUAUCCUCAAUGCCUUUCUCGGCAUCCUGCAGGUGUUUUCCGAGCGUAAAUCGCCCGUGUACCACUUGUGCGGCGUUCCGCUCGUGCGUGAGAAAUCCGCAAACGAUAAGGACAAGAGUAGGAUUCCAACGCUUCUCGAGGCAUUUGCAGUCGGCCUUUGCUGGUACUGGCUGAUGCCCGUACCUCGACGCAAGGGAUUCCCGAGCUGGUCUUGGACGGGCUGGAAGGGCCGGCGGCACCCGCUUCAUGGCCAAUCGCGCUCUUCGAUUGCUUUUCAGCCCGGACAUUCGAUUGAGGUUUCCAUGGUGCCUCGGGAUGUAUCGUCUCGGACAGUCUCCUGGGCCGACUUUGAGGCAAUGAGUCCGGCAGAGAAGGCCAGUCUCCCCCAGGACUACCGCCUAAGAAUCACAGCCAGCACCACCCAGAUCAGCCUUUUUCCACAGCAUGCAUACGACGAUGAUUGGGGCGCCAUCCUGUACAGCGGCGAUGACGCGUUUCAGGGCAGGCUGAGUUUGAGUAAAGAUCCGAAACAAGAUGUUGAGUUCUGUCGCCGGCUGGUUGAAGAGCGCUGGGACGCCAUCGUUCUAGGGAAUUUAAGGACGUACAGGGAGCAUCUUGUUCUACUUCUUGUUGACAAGCUUGAUACUGAAACGGUUCGCGAGGCCGAGGGUCUUUGGGAGAGGGUGGGAGUUAUCACGCUGGUACAUAACAAACUGCAGGAUUUUGCGCCAGGAGCGUUCAGGAAGGGGACAUUCUUGAUCGAGUGA